GCACACACGGUACGAGGACGAGGCAGGCCAUGGACCUCGACCUCGCCGUGCAAGAGACCCGGCCGGCCGUCCCCGGCGAGGACUUCGACUUCACCACCACCGAGACCGACGCCGCCUUCCUCGUCCUCGCACACCUCCCCGGGUAUGGCAAGGAUGAGAUCGAUGUCCGCGUCGGCGACGGCGGCAGGGAGAUCGGCGUCGUGGUGGGCGCGAGGAAGGACUAUGGUGGUGGGCUGGCAGUGGAGGCCGCGGCGGCCGGGAGGCGGCUGCGUGUGGCGCACCGGCGGACGGUGGAAGGGUUCCGCCGGGUGUUCGACGUGCCGCCCGGCGUCGAGGUGGCCCGGAUCACCGUCGGGUUCGAGGAGGACGACGAGCUGCUCGUCGUCAUCAUGCCCAAGCUGCGGCAGCAGGCGCCGCCCGAGGAGGACGACGGGGAGGCGCGCCUUGACGUCGAGAGCACGGACUGGGAGUGCGCUUCGUCGGACGCGACGGAGGUCGAGCUCGACGACGCGUCGAGCCUGGAGCUGGAGCACGAGGACUGGGUCGACGUCGAGUCGUCCGAGUCGGAGCCCGAGCCCGAGCCGCCUCGCGACGUGCCGGUGGAGACGCAGGAGCCCGAACCGCCGCGGGACGUGCCGGUGGAUCCCGUGGUCACGGAGGUGCCGGUGGAGACGCCAGUGGAGGUCGAGGAGCCCCCGGUGGUGGACAUCGAGUGCGACGUCGUGUUCGAGGUCCCGGUGUACACGGAGCUGCCGGUGGAGACGCCGAUAGAAGUGCUCGUGCCUGACCCACCGGCCGACGACGUGACGGACCCGCCGGUCGACAUCCCGUGCGACGUCGAGUUCGACCAGCCGUUCGAGGCGCCACCGGCCGCCGUCGAGGAGCCCAAGCCGCCGCCUGUCGCCGAAACACCCGCCGAGGAGCCAGAACCACCGUCGCCACCGCCUGUCGCCGAAACACCCGCCGAGGAGCCAGAACCACCGUCGCCGCCGCCUGUCGCAGAAACACCCGCCGAGGAGCCAGAGCCACCGCCGCCGCCGCCUGUUGUUGAAACACCCGACGAGGAGCCAGAGCCACCGUCGCCGCCGCCUGUGGUUGAAGCACCCGCGGAGGAGCCACCGCCGCCGCCGGUGGAACCACCCGCCGAGGUUCUGGCGCCAGUCGACCCACCACCGGUUGAAGAGCCGCCGCCGGUGGAAACACCCGCCGAGGAUCCACCGCCGGUCGACCCACCACCGGUAGAGGAGCCACCGCCGGUGGAACCGCCACCUGUGCAGCAGCCACCGCCGGUCGAUCCACCGGCAGAGAAACCAGAGCCAAAGCUCGAAGAGAAACCGCUUCCAUCGCCGCCUAGUGAGCCCGAGAACAGCAACGAAUCAGGCACAGGCAGUGAAUCGGACAACGACGCGGGAGGCCGCGGCAAUGGCAGGCGACGAGGAGUCGGGAGAGGGCGGCGGAGGGGCAGGCGGCGCGGCAGGUUCCCGCUGGGCAUGGCGGUCGCCCCCGCCGUGAUCCUACUCGCGUUCGCGGUGGCUGUGGCCAGGAGGCGGCGGCAGCAGCGCGGUGGGUGA